AUGUGCAAGGUAUUCCCCACUACGCUCACGGGGCCAGCACGGGCAUGGUUCAAUAGCCUAGAAGCUGGAAGUAUCAAGAGUUUUGGAGAUUUGGCCAACGUCUUCAUCAGCCGGUUCAUAGCCGGAGUGCCAGCUGAUAGGAAAACCAGUUACUUGGAAACAAUCAAGCAGAGGAGGAACGAAUCAUUGAGGGAGUAUGUAGCCCGUUUCAAUAUGGAGGCCCUGCAGAUUCCCGAGCUGGAUGAGAGCAGAGCAGUAGAAGCCAUGCAAAAAGGGACGACCUCCCUAGAGUUCUUUGGUUCAUUGAGUAGGAAGCCCCCUACCUCGCUAGCAGAACUGAUGAAGAGGGCAGAAAAGUACAUAAGGCAGGAUGAUGCCUUGAUGACGAGCAGAUUCGCCAAAGAGGCAGCAGAUAGGGGGAAAGCCCCAAAGGAAAGGAGGCCAGAAAGGCAAGAGAAAAAGCAAAGAAAAAGGCUUGAGACCUACAGACAGCCCUGGGACCGAAGGGACCAAAGACCAUUCCCCCCUCGGGUUCCAGAACAAAGACCAUUCCCCCCGCGAGUUCGAGAGACCCUGACCCCACUCAACGCCUCUAGAGCCAAAGUGCUCAUGGCAGUCAAAAAUAAGGAAUUCCUCCAAUGGCCGAAGCCCAUGAGGGCCGAAGCAAGCCAGAGAGAUCCUGACAAAUACUGUCAGUAUCAUCGUACACAUGGCCAUGACACCAAUAAUUGCUACCAGCUGAUUAGCGAAAUCGAGAGGCUAAUAAAAAGGGGACAUCUCAGGAAUUUUGAGAAAAAAUCCGAGGGAGAAAGGCCUUAA